CACUGUGGCCUAGGAACAUACGGGUGGAACCCACAGUUACGGGUCUCUGAGUACAGGAUAGCUUUACAACCCAGGAAAUCAACUUUUUUUAAUUAAGAGAAGUUGCAAAUAUGUUUUAGAAGAGAGGUAACUUGUCCUAAAAAUAGCUAUAAUGCAGAAGCUCAGUGCUCAGCUAUCCCUUUUGCUUACAAUGCAAAAUUUAAAAACUUUAAGAAUAGGGAGGAGCUUUGAUCAGAAAAACCCUUACCAGGAAAUUAGUGAGUCUGUGACUUUUUAUUGAAUGGGGAGGCCUCGCUGAACCCACAAUAUAAAAGGGGGACACAGAGGUGAAGGUCUACACAUCAGGGACUUGCUCUUGCAAAACCAAACCACAGGGCAAGUAAAAGAAGGCAAAGCACCACCAUGCCCAGCUCAGCGAUACUAUAUUGCCUGGUCUUCCUGGCUGCAGCGGGGGCCAGCCAAGGCCACAACACCCAUUCUGAGAGCAGCUGCAUGCACUUCCCAGCCAGCCUUCCCCACAUGCUCCGAGAGCUCCGAGCUGCCUUCGAAAGGGUUAAGAUGUUCUUUCAAAUGAAGGACCAGCUGGACAACAUGCUACUGAACGAAUCUUUGCUAGAAGACUUUAAGGGUUACCUGGGCUGCCAAGCGUUGUCAGAGAUGAUCCAGUUUUACCUGGAGGAGGUGAUGCCACGAGCUGAGAACCAUGGCCCAGACAUCAAGGAGCAUGUGAACUCUCUGGGGGAAAAACUGAAGACCCUCAGGCUGAGGCUGCGACGCUGUCAUCGAUUCUUGCCCUGUGAAAAUAAAAGCAAGGCAGUGGAGAAGGUGAAGGAUGCCUUUAGUAAGCUCCAAGAGAAAGGAGUUUACAAAGCCAUGAGUGAGUUUGACAUCUUUAUCAACUACAUAGAAACCUACAUGACAAUGAAGAUGUAAAGCUGAAACAUCUCAAGAAACAAGACAUACAGGACAGUGCCUCUACUAGACUUUAGGACACAAACUGGAAAUUCUGAUCUGGAGUCUACAGCAGCUCUUUGGAAAAACACCACUGUACCUUUUUCCUAGAAUAUUUAUUACCUCUAAUACCUCAAUUCCCACUAUUUAUUUACUGAGCUUCUCUGUGAACUAUUUAGAAAGAAGCCCAUUAUUAUAAUUUUUCAAUAUUUAUUAUUUUCAUUUAUGUUUAAGCUG